AUGGCUACAUCCGUUCAGGCUUGUCUUCACUCUAGCUGUAAAAGUCAGCAUCAGAUGAAAAGUUCGACAAAGAGUCCCACUGUUUUGCGACGUUCUAGCAUGAGACAGAAUGCAGCAAACAGAAAAAGUGCCGUUGAACGACUCGAAGAAAGUAAGGCCAAUUAUGUGAAGUCAGAAAGAGUUCUUGAUUCGAAGCAAGAGUUUAAGAACAGUUCUCAUCUGCGGGUGAGCACCGGACCUCAUUUAGACGCUCUGUUUAAAGCCCCUUCAAAGCAGCCUGCAGAGAGUAUAGGACUUUCUAACGCAGUUGACGAUGUGAAACUUUCGUACCUCAGAAUCCACCACCAUCCUAACGUACAAGUCAGCAAGUCUCCGCCCUUGCGCGUGAGAGCAAAGUCGCAUUCCGAGUUCCGCGAAACCCAUCUCACUCGUAAGCACUCCUUCGCCAGCCAGUGCAGCAGGCACAGGAUCGAAGUCUUGAUCGACAUCGAAUCUCAGUUGAAGCGACUGAUCACUUCCGGCUCGCACGAGAACAUAUCUAUCCCGCAAGAGGCGGGUAUUUUAGGCACCGCUCACCAGAAAGCUCAACUCGUACCUAAAAUUUCCAAGCCUUCCGAGAUUCCGAAAGUUCGUAGAGGUUACUCCGAUCCGGUGCGUAAAAGCUGUUGGCCCCCUCCGGAUUUGUCUCCGGAUCCAGAUGUCAGCAUACACAAAAGCAUGCCGGAUCUGUCGCCUUCCCCCUGUAGCCCUAGAGUUAUCGUUCCUAGCUCAUCGCACAACUCGGACAACUUCGUGGCCGACCACGAGGAGACGGUUCAGUAUUUCACACCACAACGUAAAGUUUCAACGAAUAGCACUGCCAUCAAAAAGAUCGAAAGAUGCAACGAAGGCGUCGAUUCGUUCGAAGAACCCAGGAGGUUUUCCAACGGAACCGGAAUGCUGCACCUCACACCUUAUUACUCUGCAACCAGCCAACUUCAGAGGAAGCCCGUGAGUCGUUCGAAGUCCGACGUCUCCCAUCGAUAUUCGAAGCGAAACUCGGAUUACCUCCCCUGGAAGAGCAACUACACCAGUGCCGAGAUAGAGAGAUUUUUCGAUACGAUGGGGCUGGACACGAACGUGUGGCAUCGCAUAACUUCUCCCUCGUUGGUAUCCAGUCCGCCUUGCUUUUUCGAAAGCGUGAGCUCCGUGGAUUCCAACGAGGAUAAGUCGAGUGCUUGCAGCGAAGACUCUGUUUCGGAAGUGCCCCGAGAGGGUUUGAGGAAUCAUGAUUUGCGAGGCCAUGGUCCGCUGGAAACUUCCAUAGUUGAGAAAAAUGCUCGGGUGAUUAAGUGGCUGUACAACUGUCGGAAAUCUGCUUGUGAAUCUUGACUGGUGAUAAGUCUGUCUUUCAUGAAGAGUCUCAUGGUGUUCAGUAACUAGGAGGUAAAGUGCAUAUCUGUAGAUAAGAGCCAUUGUAAAAUAUUUUUAAAAUAAUAUUUGUUACUCUAUAUAUUGUCUGCCUGGUGCAGAAGAUACCUUUUUGCUCAUUCCUUGUGAUAAUUGUGUCACCGACACUCGUGUUUGUCUUUUGUAAAGACUAGAUUAAGUGGAAUGACGUCGAAAUUGACUCUUUUUA